AUGGCGGCUCAAAACAAGUUCACAACCUGUACCUUUGUACUGAAGAAGUGUGACUUUUCUAACCCUUCGCUUGCACCGACAUGUGUCAAAAACUUUUGCCAAGGAGAGCCAUACGGCUUUGGCUCUUGCGCAGUGGACUUCACUGGUGUACCAGCAGAGUGUUGCUCCCAGAGCACGGUUGGCGAUGUAGCACAAUGCAUGGCCAACUUUCAGCAGCAACAGGGAUAUGGCAUCUUUGGUGAUGCUUGUCUCUCCGUUUCGCGAUAUGUUACCGAGUGUGAGAAUGCCAAUUCUGGGUUUGAUACCGCCUCUUUCAAGAAGCAGGCCAUGUGUCUUUGCUACGAUGGCAAAGGCAACUAUGCUCCAGACACCUGGGAUAAUGCGGUAGCCACUUGUGUGAGCACGGGAGAGAGCGCCCACCCGACCAUCUGGAGCGCUUUGCAAAAGAAUCCGGAAGUCAUUGGUCUAUGCACCAAGUUUGCCGGCGCCGCUGCCCCAACCGGUCCCGCGACAACUGGCCCCAUCCCGACCGACUCGGCGAGCUUUACCGCUACCGGUGAUGCGACUCCAGGAACGACUGCUGCUAACACGGCGAGCCCAACUGAGGCGGGUUCAACGGCUGCUGGAGCCUCUGGUUCGAGCGAACAGACUCCAGCACCAUCCAGUGCAACUAGCAGCGCCGCGGCGACAACCACGACGAGCAGAUCAGCGGCAACCAGAGCCGGAGAGAUGAGCUAUUCUCAAAUCAAGUGGGCAGCCGUAGGCCUUGGACUGAUGUUGCCCGCCUUUAUGAUGACGCUGUGA